AAAACUCACGCCGCAGAGGGUGUUAUUAAAAGUUGCCACCCCUGUCAGUCACUUGCAUGCAUACGCCAUGAACAUUUCAAUGUUCUGAAAGAGCAGGGAGUGUGUCUUGUUUUUAUAAAUAAGAUUAUCGCCAAUUCCCUGUAUUAUGUCAACUGCAGGAUCCAGUGGAUCGGGAAGAGGCCGCGGAGGUCAAUCAAUUGGCGAUCAAGCUAAAGAGGCGAAAGAAUCAAAACCGAAUCCAAAGAUGUCGAAGGCCUUAGGCACGUCCGCUAAACGUAUACAAAAAGAAUUAGCCGAAAUUACGUUAGAUCCGCCGCCGAAUUGCAGUGCAGGUCCUAAAGGCGAAAACUUCUACGAAUGGGUCUCGACGAUAUUAGGACCGCCGGGGUCCGUUUAUGAGGGCGGGGUUUUCUUUUUGGAUAUUCACUUUACCCCCGAGUAUCCGUUUAAGCCACCAAAGGUUACCUUUCGCACUAGAAUUUACCACUGCAACAUUAACAGUCAGGGUGUGAUUUGUUUGGAUAUACUUAAAGAUAAUUGGUCGCCGGCGCUUACCAUUUCAAAGGUACUGCUGUCAAUUUGUUCGUUACUUACAGAUUGUAAUCCAGCCGAUCCGCUGGUUGGCAGCAUCGCUACACAAUAUCUUCAAAAUCGGGAAGAACAUGAUCGUAUUGCCAGGCUGUGGACCAAGCGUUAUGCAACGUGAUUGACUCGUGCGAAAACGAUAUUAUCCGUGUUAACUCCUUUUGCCCUUCUGGCACAAUUUGGCCCUUUCAUCUCAACGUUUCAUCAUCAUUGAUUUCAUUUGUCUACCAAUAAAUGUUAUUAUUUCGAUUUACUUUCUUUUUAGUUAGCUUAGAUUGAUAUAAGUUUGUGUAUAGAUAUAACCGCCCGUGGUAUAAGAUUUAUUGAACAGUUGCAACGUAUUAAAAAUAAGUUUGUGAUUUUGUCUGAUAAUUGUAGUAUAAUUUGACAAAUUCUUAGUUGAGACUAUAACUCGCAGAGGCCAAAUGUAUGUGGUAUUUUACUUUACGUAUUUGUAACACUGAAAAUUAUGUACUGAAUAUUAAGUAAUAAAUUUUGUGUUCAGUAGGCACUAAGUAUACGUUCCUGCUUGUUAUAUUUAAUUUCGGUUGUACUAGACAAUAAAGUUUUUUUCUAUUUAUUUCCACUACAUUACUAAUGUUAAUCACUUUACUCUUUAUUAUCGUCAUUUGUCUACUCUCAACACAAAAUUUUGUGAACUUCUGCAAAUAGGUUCCUGCAAUGUGCAAUUAAAACAGGAGUAGUUUGCUUGUGCAAAGUGAAUUAAUUAGUUCUUGUCUUGGUGGAAAUAAGGAGUGGGUGUUGUCAUCGGCUUGUGUAUAAUUUUUUUUCUACAUUUCAAAAAUGAGAAUAUGGACUAUUCUUCUAGACUUAUGUAUUUUAGUUGUAAUUGUAACAAUAAAAUUUUAGUAUGUAA